AUGUCUCUCAAGACUCUUCUCUUCUCAACCCUUUUCGCGGCGUCGGCCCUCGCAGGGUAUGGCAGUGGCAGUGGCAGUGGCAGUUACGGUGGCGGUAGCUCCGACAGCGGUAGCGGUGGUGGAUGGAGCAGUUGGGGCAGCGGCAGUGGUCAAGGACCUCCAGCAUUUGCUGCUGCGUCAUGCCCAUCUGGUUGUCAACCGAUACAGACCGGAAGCGCGCCGCCAAUGCAGACUCAACCGGGCCAAUUGAUCGUCCAGGUCGUCUCUGUCUCAGACGCGAAUGGCUCUCUGAAGUACUUCCCCAAUAAAAUCACCGCGCCGGUCGGAUCUGUUGUCCAAUUCCAGUUCCAUCCAAAGAAUCACACAGUGACGGAAUCCUCCUUUGCGGAGCCUUGCAAGCCCAUCGCCGCCAACCUCACCUCUUCCAUUCGCCCCGGACAGAAAUCUGGGUUCGUCCCACUCACCGGCUCCGAGCCAUUUACGCCCGUCUACAACCUUCUGGUUAACGACACCAAACCCAUCUGGAUCUACUGCGGCCAAACCAACCACUGUCAAAAGGGGAUGGCUAUGGUCAUCAACCAGAACGACUCUUCGCCCAACACUAUCGAUGCCUACAUCGCGAACGCGGCCAAGUUACCACUCGUUAAUGCCACCAUGCCUCCCCCCAGCGGUGGCUCCCCUCCGGCUUAUGGCUCUCCACCGCCUUCUGGGUCGAUGCCGCCAGCUGAAUCGACAUUCGCUUUUGGUGGUGCACCUCCGGCAAGCUCUCCGGUUGCCCCACAGCAGACCGUUGCUCCACCUUCGAGCUCAGCAGUCGUGGCCCCUGCUACGUUUACUGGCGCGGCUGUUCCCGGCUUUGUGCCUCAAUCGUCGACAGGUGUGGUUGGUCUUGCUCUCGGUGCGCUGUUGGCUUUGUGGUAA